UACAGCAAGAUGCCCAUUUCCGCCAAGUUUGUGUCAGCGCCUUUCGCCCUGAGGCCUGAAGAACGACGUGGACUGGAAAGAGUGCCACCACAGCAGCCGGCAGAGUCCCGCGCUUCUCGCCGGGACGUCCGCGGGCGUUGCGCUUUGUGGCGGAAACAUCAGGCGCGCGGGGGACACGUGGCAGCAGUCUGCUGCGCUCCGCGCAGAUGCGCGAAUGCCUGCCGCGUGGCCGGAGCUGAUUCGUCGUCUGGUAACCGCAGUGGCGGUUCCGUUACAGCUGAUGGUUACCGCACUGGCGCCGUCGCUGCACACGCUGUGCAAGCAGGAGACGGGCCGUGCACGGAGGUCGGAUGUGACAUUAUCGAACGGAUUGCAGAGCUGAUUCGGCGCACGCAUUCCCCUGAGCGUGCCACGGGGCCAGCAGGUGAAGGAGGCCGAACCGAGGCAGUGGGGGGGAACGAUGUGGCGAGUGGGGGCACAGCGGUACAAGGGGAGGGGGGAGCAGAGGGGGCGAGAGCAGCGGGGGGAGCAAGCGCCCCAGCACAUGCGAUGAGAGGGGAGGAGCCAUUGCGGGUGUUGCAGCCGCUGCUGGCUCUGGACGCAGGGCGGUGGGUGAAGCUCAUCUGCGGGGCCAGCUUCGAGGACGUGGCGGAUGUGCGCAACCUUGCCUUCGUCUACACGCUCGCAGGAGUGGACUGCAUAGACUGUGCGGCAGAGCCAGCAGUGGUGGCAGCAGCAGCGGAGGGGAUAGAUGCAGCCAUGGCGUGGGCGGCAGGGGAGGGGAGGGGCGGCGGUGAAUGGGGGGAGAUGGGAAGGCGGCCGUGGGUGAUGGUCAGUGUGAGCGAUGGGCGGGACCCACACUUCAGGAAAGCAGUCUUUGACGCGUCUCUCUGUCCGCCUGCCUGCCCUCGCCCCUGUGAGCGAGUCUGCCCCGCCGCUGCCAUCCGCUUCCAUGCUGCUGCUGCCACCAGCGAUGCUGCAACAAGCACGGGUAGCAGUGCAGACAGUGUGGGCGGCGUGAUUGCGGAUCGCUGCUAUGGGUGUGGGCGGUGCAUCCCUGUGUGCCCCUUUGGCAUCAUCUCGGCAGAGGAGCACCAGCGAACACACGAAGACACGCUGACGCUCUUGGGCGGCGGGCUUGUGGAUGCUAUAGAGAUUCACACUCUGCCAGGGCACGUGGAAGCGUUCAAUGCCUUGUGGGCCUCGAUUGGUGAAGCAGCCGGCUCGCUGAAGCUAGUAGCUGUGAGUCUGCCUGACCUGGGUGGCGCCAUGCACCAUGCCAUGCAUGCCAUGUACCGCACCAUGCACCCACACCUCUCGGCCGCUAACCUAUGGCAGUUGGACGGCCGGCCCAUGAGUGGGGACAUAGGCGCCGGGGCAACACGUGCCACAAUCCGACUGGCUGCCAGAGUGGCUGCUUUUGAGGAUAGGCCGCCAGGUUACCUACAGAUCGCAGGCGGAACCAACAGUCACACUUUCACCUCGUUACAAGAUCAUGGAAUGCUGCCUUCUGCUUCUUCUGGUGAGUUCAGCACCCCACUCUGCUGCAGUGCUGCCCGUAUUAUUGUCGCCCCUGUUGAUCCUCCACUGCAGUCAGCAUGGCCUCACCCUAUUCAGCUCUAUUGGUGCCAUUCCUGCUUGCUCAUGCGUCACCACCCAUGCUCCUCAUGCGUCUCAUAGCGCCGAUGAUGUUCUCUCCUGCACCUAUCUCUCACCAUUCAUGCUUUCACAACACUGAAAUGUAAUGAAUCAGAAUGUCGUUGGGAGUGCUUUCUAACCCAGCUGUUCUUUGAAGCGCUCUCAGGCAACAUCAUUGAUCCACGCUAACCGAGCACUUUUCUAUCUCACAGAUCACAGGCUUGCAGUUGCAGGUGUGGCCUUUGGCGGUCAUGCACGCAAGCCACGAUGAUUGCGUUACACGCCCUUUGUCAGAUCCUGGCUCCAGUCCUUGGCCGUCUUGAUGCGGCACAUUCCAUUGGCACAAACGAGGCUGCUACGCCAACACCACGCAUGGCCACGUCACAGUCUCCGUCGCACGUUGAGAGCCAGCUGCCUCUUCUGCUCGAGGCAUUGGAGCUUGCAUGUGCCUUGGUUCAUCCGUACAAAUCACGUCUUCCAACGUAGUAUACUUUUACUCAUGAAAGAGACAAUUUGAGCCUUUCCUCCAAUUUCGCUUCAAU